AAGUGAGUAGGAAGAUGCAAGGACCGAAACACGUCGUCUCAUUGAGUCAUUGUUUUGGUUAAGUAACAUCCAUACAUUUACUUGUGAGCUGUAAUUCAUGCAGAGGCUGAUGAGACAUAUGAAUCACAUUUUCUUAAUUAGUUUUGUUAUUUUGUUUUCCCAUUUUUCUGGUAACACCAAAUGAGUUAUCGCCUCCAACUCCAAUCCAUCGUCACCACCAACUUUCUCCCACGUCACUUUUCAACAUCAAGGGUUUCAUUUUCUACAUUUUGUUGUGGAAAAUAUUUGGAAAUGGAGGAUAUCAAAUUGGUGGGUGAUCCUGUUUUGCUCCACAACAAACUUGCUGCAAUUCGUUCCGCCGGUCCUCAAAAGCUUCAGGUGAUCGCUGACUUUGAUGCCACAUUGACGAAGUUUUGGGUUAAUGGAACUCGAGGCCAAAGCAGUCACGGCCUUUUGCAGCAGGAUAAUCCAGAAUAUGAUGCCAAAAGGCAGCAGUUAUAUGAACAUUACCAUCCAUUGGAAUUUUCUCCUACUAUUGGGCUUGAAGAGAAGAGGAAACUAAUGGAAGAGUGGUGGGGAAAAACGCAUGGUCUUCUUAUUGAAGGAGGACUUACAUAUGAAUCAAUAAAACAAUCAGUUGCUAAUGCUAACAUAGCUUUUAGGGAAGGUGUUUCCGAGCUUUUUGAAUUUUUGGAGGAAAGAGACAUUCCUGUAUUAAUAUUCUCUGCAGGGCUUGCUGAUAUCAUUGAAGAGGUUCUAAGGCAGAAGCUUCGCAGAUCCUUCAAAAAUGUGAAGAUAGUAUCCAACAGGAUGGUAUUUAACAAUGGCCAACUUGUAUCUUUUAAAGGAAAAUUGAUUCACAGCUUAAAUAAAAACGAGCAUGCUCUUGAUAUGGCUGCGCCUGUUCACGAACGAUUCGGUGAUAUUGAUGGUCCAACUGAUGACAAUGACUUGCUCAAGAAGAGAACCAAUGUUCUCCUUCUUGGUGAUCACACUGGAGACUUGGGAAUGUCUGAUGGUUUAAAUUACGAUACUCGAAUUUCUGUGGGAUUUUUGAACCACAACGUUGAGAACUCACUUAGCUGCUAUCGAGAAGCUUUUGAUGUUGUUUUAAUGAAUGAUGCGCCCAUGUGGGAAGUUAUCAAACUGGUCUCUCAUACGUGUUCAAGUGGGAAGUGAUUAUUUUUCCCCUUUACUCUUAGCAGUAUCAUCAUUUUUUGUCUUACACAUCCCAAGGUUCCUAUUCAUUUCUUCUUAUGAAGAAUGCUAACAAGUAACAAAACACCCCUUUACUGCACUUUUUUCCCCUCUUGGAUAUGGCUGGCGAUUAGUAGUUAUGUUAUACUAGGAUAUAGUUUAUUUACUCCUAUGUAUGUUUACAGUGAAGCUAUAAUAAUAUCUGUGUUGCACACAAACUGCAUUUUUGUUGCGAUUGUGAGGGUUCAGUUCAGUAUGUUUGUCCCUGAUUUUUACUCCUAUGUAUGUCUACAGUGAAGCUAUAAUAAUAUCUGUGUUGCACA